AAGCCUUCGUUGCCCCUCCUAGACUGCACAAGGGGAUCUGGAACUCCGUUGGAUUCUCGGCCCCUUCCUCUUCUACUGAACGAAUAGGUUCUAUUCGAUCAUAGGGCUUUCCCACACUCCUCUUUCUCCUUUUCUUUCGCUUUUCUCUUUUUUAUUAUUCCCCAUGAGCGGCGAAAUUGCAGUAUUCGUUCAUCUCUCCCUCGAUUCAUACCGGCAGGAUAGUCGUGUUCUCCCCAAGAUCCACGAUCGACAUGGAGUUCCGUGAUGCCGAAAAAGACGACUCCUCGUGCCUGGCACACACGCCUCCUGAGGGCGUUGUCGAUGCUGCCUCGUCCUUAGCGGGUCAGGAUCCAGUAGCGAGACACACUCUCAGCCACUGUUCCCCGGCAGACGUUGCCUCUUCGGACGAUGAACCCACAGAUAACAGCAGUGACCGAGCCGUACCGGACGCGGAUCCGGAGGCUCUGGCCCGAGUGUCUACUGGGCCGGUCUACUCCACGUUCUCGACCGGCAUGAAGAGGUGGAUUAUUGCUGUGGUCACAUUGACGUCCUUUAUAUCGCCAAUGACAGCUAAUAUAUACUUCCCUGCCCUGAAUCCAAUCGCCCAAGACUUGAAUGUUGAUGUUAGUCUCAUCAACCUGACUUUGACGACCUACAUGAUCUUUCAGGGAAUUGCACCGACAAUCUUUGGUGAUUUUGGUGACAUGGCUGGCAGACGACCGGCAUUCAUACUUGCCGUGCUGAUUUAUAUUGUCGCAAACCUCGGCCUGGCACUCCAGGACAACUACUCCGCCCUGAUGGUCCUCCGUAUGGUCCAGAGCGGCGGUAGCAGCGGGACGCUCGCCCUAGGAUACGCUGUAGUCGCGGAUAUCGCGACCAGCGCCGAGCGUGGCAAGUACAUGGGCGUUGUGGGCGCAGGCAUCAAUGUUGGGCCGGCGUUGUCACCCGUCAUCGGCGGAAUCUUGGCCCAGUACCUGGGCUGGCGUGCCAUCUUCUGGUUCUGCUUUAUCUUCGCCUGCUCUGUCCUCGUCCCUUAUGUUCUCACCGUCCCCGAGACUUGCCGUGCAAUCGUGGGAAACGGUUCCAUCCCGCCCCAGGGGUGGCAUAUGACACUCAUCGAUCUCAGCAGCACCAGCACGCACCAGCAGCAGGAGGCGACGCCGCCGCGGCCCAAACUGCGCUUCCCCAAUCCCCUGCGCGCAUUAGCGGUGGCCCUGGACAAGGGCGUCGGCCUCAUCAUUCUGUACAACUCCCUCCUGUACCUCGUCUUCAUCAUCACCGUCGCGACCCUCUCCACCCAGUUCAAGACCAUCUACGGCUACAACGACCUACAAAUCGGCCUGUGCUACCUCCCGUACGGCGCAGGCUGCUUCGGCGCCGCCAUCGGCCAGGGGUACCUGCUGGACUGGAACUACCGCCGCGUCGCGCGCAGCAUCGGCUUCACCGUGGACAAGAAGCGCGGCGACGACCUGUCCAGCUUCCCGAUCGAGAAGGCCCGCAUCGUGCCGCUGUACUUCUUCGUAGCCGUCGGGCUGGUCGCCAUGAUCCUGUACGGCUGGGUCCUGGAGCUCCGGCCCUCGGUCGCCGCCCCGCUGUGCCUCCAGUUCUGCAUCGGCCUGUGCGUCACGGGCUCCUUUGGCAUCCUCAACACCCUCAUCGUCGACCUCAGCCCAGAGGCCCCCGCCACCGCCGUCGCCGCCAACAACUUUGUCCGCUGCGAGAUGGGCGCCGCCGCCACCGCCGUCAUCGAGCUCAUGAUCGCCGCCAUGGGCACCGGCUGGUGCUACACCUUCUUCGCCCUGCUGCCCCUGGUCUUCGCCCCCAUUCUGUGGGCCGAGACGAGGUACGGUAUCCAGUGGAGGGCGGAGAAGCGGGCCCGCAGGGCGCAGAAGAAGGCCGAGAGGGAGAGGAAGAGGGGCGAGAAACAGGACAAAAAGGAGGAGGCCGAGCGCCGCCGACAGGACACGGAACGGGCUGGCGCCAAAGAGGAGGGCCGCGUGAGCCAGGGCCAGGCGCAGGAGGAACACCACGAGCAGCAACAGCAGCAUGACUAGGUAGGUAAGUAAUGAAAAUGGUCUGAUGAUUAGUCUACAUAUCGGAGUUGUUGUUGGUAGGAUGUAUAUCGGGAUUUCCUACUUUAGGGUCUUUCCUUUCUUCUUUGUUUCUAUUGUUUAUUUAUCUUUGAUAUACAUGAUAACACGGCAUCGGCAAAGCGCGACACGGCUGCAUGGGGCGGGGUUCAACAGGAACAAACAUCAUCCGAUGAAGGGACAAGAAAAUAUGAUGAGCGAGGGGCAUUGAUAAAGGGCGGUCGCAUUAGAUUGAUACCUCAUGACUUUUGUUGCACAUGCGAACCAUUUCACAGCCAGUGGCAAUAAUCAUAUCGCCAUCACUAUG